AAUUUGACACAGAAGAUGAAGAAGUUCCUGCAAAACAAAAAAGGCAGAUACUCAUUUUGCCAAACCAAACGGGGCUCUCGGUGUCCACCGAAAGAUUUCUUCUUCAGCAUGCCCACGUCCAACCAUGGCUGGCCUGAGGAGUUUGGCUUCCAGCUUGGCGGGAAUGGACCAAGCUACAUCCUGUCUGUGGAGGAAGGAAGCAGUGCCCACCUAGCUGGGCUGCAGGCUGGAGACCAGGUGCUGGAAAUUGAGGGCCACAAUGUAUCAACACUGGGUCCGCAAGCCGUGAUUGCCAUCGCCCAGACUCAGAAGAACAUCCCCCCCAGCAUUGGAGUCGUGUCCCGCAUACAGCAGAUGGACAUCAUUCCGGGUCCAGAUGGUCGAUUCGGGUUCACUAUCGUGGGAGACUGCCCCUUGCUGGUGGAGGACUGCUCGCCGUGCUCCCCGGCAGGUCGUGCGGGUUUGCGGGCAGGCGACUGCGUCAUGGAGGUCAACGGUAUCCCCGUCAGGCAGCACGAGACGGCUGCGGCGCUCAUCAAGUCAUCCCAGGGGAGGACGCUGCGUUUGGGCGUGCUGUGCCUCGGCACCAGGAAGAAACACAGCAUCAGCCUGGAGGACAGUCAGCUGGGAGGGGAAGGUGCAAAACUGGACCGCAAAUACAAGGCUCUGGAAUUCAACAGGAAGGUUGAGCAGAUUUUGAGCAACGAGCCCGAAGUGAAGGAGAGACUCUUCAGCGUGUUGAAGCAAUACGCAGCUGAGAAGAAAGUGGACUGGUUGGCCUCCGCGUUGCCCGAAAUCCUCAUCAGCGAUGACCAUCGACAGCUCAUCUCCAGCAUCAGAAUCUUCAUUCCCAAAAAACACCGGCAGCGCUUUGAUGAGUCCGUCUCCCAGAACGUGAUCAACAGGCUGUGCCGCAGCAAGAGCAUCAGCGAGCCGCAAGGCAGACUCCGUCGUAGCCGGAGCGAGGAUCACUCGGACCGCCACCACGGGAGCAAACGGGCGAGCUCGGUGCCCCGAGAUGGAGGCGAACCCGGGGAAAGGGGUGAGGCGGAGAGAGAGAGGGGUCACAGAAAAUCUGUCUCUGGGAUACCCACGCAUCCCCCCAUUGGACCCAAUCAACGGCUCAUACGUGUCUACAGAGGAAAGAAAACCUUCGGCUUCACGCUGCGAGGUCACGCUCCAGUCUGCAUCGACUCCGUCAUUCCAGAUAGUCCUGCUGAAGAAUGUGGACUCAAACCAGGCGACCGCAUCCUCUUCCUCAAUGGACUGGACAUGAGGAACUGUUCCCAUGAGAAAGUGGUCUCCAUGCUGCAAGGUAGUGGUGCGAUGCCAACUCUGGUUGUGGAGGACGGUCCAUCCGAUUACUCCUCGGAUCCGACAGACCCAGAGGAAACUCCCAGUGUUUCUCCCAACACACUACCACGCUCUAGAUCUCCAGUCCUCAGCUCCCUUCAGUGGGUAGCAGAGAUCCUUCCACCGAGCAUCAAAGUCCACGGGCGGACGUUCAGCCAGCAGCUGGAACACUUACUAACCAUCCAGGAGAGGUACACAGUCUGCAAGGCCCUGGAGACCUUCUUCCAACACAGGAAUGUGGACACUCUUAUCGUGGAUGUGUUCCCGGUGUUGGACACACCAGCCAAGCAGCUGAUCUGGCAGUUCAUUUACCAGCUGCUGACCUACGAUGAGCAGGAACGCUGCCAGAACAAACUGUCCCGUUUCCUGGGUUUCAAAAGCAGCGCAGUCUUAGAGCCUGAUGGACCGGAGCAGCACCGGCGGAGCAGCUCCAUGCGAGUAUCUGGGACGUCAUACCGUGGCGGCUGCAUGCGCGAAAGGAGUUCUGAUGACUGCAUCAUCGGCACUCACCUCGGAAUGGGAAUUCAUGUGGAUGAAUGUGCAAGCCAGGAGGAGAGGCAGUCAGGAGACGGAACCUCCUUCCCCGAGUCUCCUGAUCUAAGUCAUAUGUCAGGUGUGUACACCGAGCUGGAGAACGUGUAUGCAGGGAAGAGUGUGUCUCCGCUGCAUGGGGGCUCCCCGGCAGAGCCCGAGGGGCCCGGACAGACUGAGGCCUAUGGCCGCUCUCUCUCCCCCCUCACACUCCCCCCUCUCACAGGUAACCGUAAAUCAGGCCUGUCCCUCACCUGGAAGGAACCCCUCCCCACCCAGGUGUACGGGAUCCACCAUCAAAGCAGCGUGGACUCCAACCCUUACGUCAGCCUGGAGAGCCCCCCUGCCUCCCCCCAUCACAGCCCCAGCACGUUGAACCGCAGAAGGAAGCUGUUCACCUUCUCCCGUCCACCUCGCAGCCGGGACACGGACAAGUUCCUGGACGCCCUCAGCGAGCAGCUGGGUCACCGGGUCACUAUCGUGGAUGACUAUGUGGCGGGCGAGAACGACUAUGAAGAGAUAUAUCAAGGUGCGUGUCGUGGUUUCAGAAGAAGUGUGCCUAUGAGCUAUCCAGAGGAUCAGGACGUGGGCUUCAUGCGUCGACAGCUCAGUAGUGGCAGCAGCGAGGACCACAGUAGCAGCGACGAGGUUUCUUCUCCCUGCUAUUCUUCAGGUUCCGAGCAUAUACCGCCUCCUCCCACCGAAAGCCCCCCACCUCCGCCGCCCUUCCAGGCCUUGAUACCGCCUCCAGUUCAGUUCACGGACCCCAGGCCACCAGUCCGCUUCUCACCAGAGCACAUUCCCCGCAGCCGGAUGCCCUUCCAGCCCCACCACCCGAUCAUCCCUCCUCCUCCGCCUCCUUUGAGGAGCCUCCUGUCCAAUCGCUCUCCUGUCCACAAGGUGCUGUCCACCAGGGAAGAGGCAAAAGACCAGCGCUUCCAAACGCCGGGUGCUCGCCUUGCGCGCGGUCACACCACCUUCACAGCCACCACCAUCUUGCGCUCGUCCCGCCCUAGCUACCUUCCACGGCAGUUAAGCCAGCCCCAGCCCAUCCUCCGGCCGUCCCCUCAGCCAUCCCCACAGAUGCUGCGGCCAAGCCAGCUCGUCCUGCACAGGCAUCAUCAGCUCCACCACCAGCACAGCUACCAAGGCACGUUGCCGCCUUCCCUCGAAGAUCACAACCCAACCAGAUGUGAGAAACAAGGCAGUCCUACGUCGACAAUGCGCUCCAGGGCUUCUACCACUCACUCUGCACUGCCUAGCAACACUAAAUCCCUCUGUCAGGAGGAAGAAUCACACCAGGCACCCCCGCCUCCUCCUACACCUAUGCCCCCACCCUGCGACCCGCCUCCCUUGCCUCCGCCGGGUAACGCCUCCGACGCCAACCACAUGAGCGUGAAGAGGCUGCGCUGGGAGCAGGUGGAGAACUCCGAGGGCACCAUUUGGGGUCAGCUCGGAGAGGAUUCCGACUAUGACAAGCUCACUGAUAUGGUGAAGUAUCUGGAUCUUGAUCUGCAUUUCGGUACUCAACGUAGAUCCAUGUCUCCUCUAGAGCCAACCUUGCUGUCCGAGAACUUUAAAAAGAAAGACGUCGUGGAGAUUCUGUCUCACAAAAAAGCCUACAAUGCAUCCAUCCUUAUCGCCCAUCUGAAGCUCUCCCCUGCCGAGCUGCGCCAGGUCCUGAUGGACAUGAGCACGGACAGACUGGAGCCGGCCCACAUCAAGCAACUGCUGCUCUACGCCCCCGACGAGGAUGAGGUCAAAAAGUACGAGCAGUUUGAGCAAGAUCCAGCCAAACUGAGCGAGCCCGACCAGUUCAGUUUUCAGAUGCUCAUGGUGCCUGAGUACAAGACCCGUCUACGGAGCCUCCACUUUAAGACCACCCUGCAGGAGAGAACAGAGGAAAUGAAGGUGGCUUUUGAUUACAUCUACAAGGCCUCAGUAGAGCUGAAAACCAGCAAGAAACUGGCUAAAAUCCUUGAGUUUGUUCUGGCGAUGGGCAACUACCUAAACAACGGUCAACCCAAGAGCCACAGGACCACCAGUUUUAAGAUCAACUUCCUCACUGAGCUCAGCACAACCAAAACGGUGGACGGGAAAUCCACUUUUCUCCACAUUCUGGCUAAGUCUCUGUGCCAACAUUUCCCAGAGCUGCUCAACUUUUCCAGAGACCUCACCACAGUUCCUUUGGCAGCCAAGGUGAACCAGAGGGUGGUGACCACAGAGCUGAGUGACCUUCACGGCACCAUCCAGGACAUUAGAGCAGCAUGCCUGAAGAUCCCCCUCACAUCUGAGGACCACUUUGCUUCGGUCAUGAGCAGCUUUCUGGAGAACAGCCACCCUGCCAUCCAGUCUCUGGAGUCCCUACAGAGCCGAGCAAUGGAGGAGUUCUCCAAAGUGGCCUCCUUCUUUGGAGAAGACAGCAAGUCCACCAGCACCGAAUCCUUUUUUGGCAUUUUUGCAGAGUUCAUUAACAAAUUUGAGAGAGCUCUCGGUGAGACCCAGACUCCAGAAAACCCAAGAAGCCCGAGGCUGUCCUCCCCCCUGGCCUGGUAGACUCAAGUUCAGGUCUGAGCUCCACAACCAAAGUGCCAAAAGCAUACAUAUAGUAGAUGGUGGCAAGUCUCCAUGAAAGGGCACUUCAUCGCCAGCAAAAAGGGGAACUAUACCACCUUUGUAGGUUACGUUCGCCCCCUGGUGGAACAAAGCUAUUAUUUCAGGUGCUUGGUGGUACUGGUAGACAUCAGAUAAUCUGUUAAAGUACGAUAAUAUACUUUAAACCUAGGUAUCUAUCUAUGAGAUAUUUAUUAAAAGUUUAUAUUUUACGUCAUAUGAUGGUUGACAACGAUUCGUGGCUCAACAUUUUGAAAAAGGAAACUGUUAGGAGUGUAGCUUAGCUUAGUUUAGCUUAAUGACAUGUAGUCCGCCAAUCUGAAACAAUAAAAGUGUCCCUUAAACAGUUUUAUUUAUUUUUUUAACCUUCCAUAUGAGAAAAUUACGAAAGCAUUUGAUUUUUGUAGUUAGUGCUUACAGCUUCACCUGAACAAGGUCAACUGUUUCGCCUCAAGCUAGUUUCAGUUAACCAAUAUAUAUUAGCAUGAUAUAUUAUAUUUAUAUAUUUAUUUUCAUUCCUUUAUGGCGUGGGAGAAAAAUGUCAUCCACUUCAUUCGUGCCAUUUUGGGCACACGUCAGAUGACUCACUAUGGUAUUACAAAAGAACAGUCAAGCCAGACGGAUCAAUUCCCUUUUUAUGAAUACAAGGGAACAGUCCUGCUCAUAUUAGUGUAGUGGGUGUUUACGGAAAGAAAGUGUGAAUAACGAAAAUAUCCAUUGUAAAUACCUUUUCUCGUCUAUUCUGGUUGCCACGGUGACCUCGCGACUCCUCCACAGUGUGCCAGUAGCUGUGGUGUUCCGUAUGUUGUACUACUCUGUAAAUGCACAUUUUUGGGCUAUGCACUUGUAAAUUCCCCUCUGUAUACUGUGUUUCUUAUCCUUGUUGCACAGCUUUCAAAGUCGUAAAACGCAGAAACAGAAGUGCUGCUAAGUGUCGUAAACGUGUUUCUGUUCUUAAUCAGUUGCAUGUUGGUGCAAGUUACAUUUUAAAUCAUGUGCAGCUGGUAGCAACCACCGUCUUUUCCUUCUUUUAAACUGUUUUGUAUGUUUGUUUUAAUUAUUUUAUGUUAUGUGAUUCAUGUUUAACCUAUAAAAACGAUGCUCUA